AUGAGCAAGCCUCAGUGGUCUCAACUGCCAGAAGAUCUCCUGUCAGUGAUGAUAGAAAAACAUCUCAACACUCGCAUCGACAAUCUCCGAUUGCGCUCCGUCUGUCGUUCAUGGCGUUCCUCAAUUCCACUCUAUAACAAACCCCUUCCUCCUCGUCCUCCUGUGCCUCUCCGAUUUAGAAACUGCAAAGGCGUCGACGGUUACUUCUCUCCCAUCAAAAGCACCAUCUACCUCCUCCAACCAAAGUUUCCUAAACAACUUAAUUUGCUCAACUUUCGUAUCACCAAAAUAGGUAAAUCCUAUCGUCUUUGUUUUAAUAUUGAUCCAAGUGAGGAAUUGGAGGAAGAUGAACCCUACUAUUCUUUUUAUUCUUCUUCUAGUGAUGAUGAUUCUCCACUUUUUGAGAAAGUGGUUGUGUCCUCGAGUCCAUGGUCUGGUGUUGAUGAUCAGGUGGUCAUGGCUAUCGAAGAUGGAAAGUUGUGGUUUUUCAAGUUGGGAGAUAAGGAAUGGACCAGAAUUGCUGGUUGGGAGCAGUCUCAAUAUUCUUACCAUGACUUGGUGCAUCACAAGGGACAGUUUUAUGCAGUUGGGUGUAGAGGAAUGACUCUAGUGAUUGGUCCAGACUUGAACCCUAAGCCAAUUGCAUCGUUUGGGCCUCAUUAUGGCUGUGAUGAAAGACUACGUUUGGUGAAGUCGUGUGUUUUUAAGUUGAAUGAGACGGAAAAGAAAUGGGAGCAGAUUCUAAGUUUGGGUGAUCGAGUGCUGUUUGCUUUUGAUGCCUGCUCCUAUUCUGUUUCGGCUCCAGAUUUCUCUGGUUUGAAAGGGGAUUGCAUUUACUUUUCUGAACCUUUGUUUGCUGAGUAUGAGGGCACUGGCGUUUUCAGCUUUGUGGAUAACAAGUGCAGGCCUCUAGCUUAUUUUCCGGACCAUUCACAGAUCUUUUGGCCACCGCCCCCUUGGCUUAAGCCAACAGCAUGUGCCAUCAAGAAAUGA